AUGUUCGCCCGUGCCCUCCCUCGACUGUCCAAGCCGUGCUCGUCCCUUAAGUCAAUUCUGCUGAUUCCACAACGAAGCAAAGUUACUGUAGCGGGCCGUAUCCAACCCGUGGUAUAUGGUGUUAAAAAAGCGGUACCUGUCGAAAUCCAAAUAGCUGACUUUGCUAAAUAUAUUUGGGACGAUUCUGUUACUGAAGAUGAUCCACUGGUUGUACGGUUACGUGAGCAGGUCUUGGCCGGUUCACGAGCAGCUUUAGCAUCCUCGAUUACACUAGUGGAGUCCAGAAAUCCAAAAAAACGUGCACAAGGAAAUAUGCUUCUCCAUGGUAUACUAGCUGCGGAAAGGAAACGUUAUGAAGAAAAAGGGAAGGAUGCUAUGAUUUACCGCAUUGGAAUUUCUGGCAGUCCGGGAGUCGGCAAGUCUUCUUUCAUUGAGGCUUUGGGCAAAGAACUGAUCGAUGAACGUGGCUUGAAGAUUGCAGUACUAACAAUUGACCCUACCAGUGCAGUUACAGGAGGUAAUUGUGGUUUUGAUCAGAUGAACUGA